AUGGCAGAGGCAAAACUAACACCGGUUAUUCUUCUCUUCUUUUUAUUCGCUCUCACGUUUUCGCCGCCAGUUGUCGCCUUCAGCAUCGAUGAAUUGAUCACGGAUGCGGCUACAUCAACUCGGGCUUUAGAUGACUUCGUGCCUCUUGGUGAUGAACCCGAGUUCAUGGUGGUCGAGUUAGACAUCAAGAUCAGGAGAGAAGAAUGGGAGGAAAUUACAAGAGAGAGGGAAGAAGCUGUGACACGCGGACGGAUCGGGGAUGUGCGCAGGCGCAGACGCAAGAGGACUAAUGCAAUCAAGGACAAGCGAUGGACAAACAAGGAGGUGCCAUAUCUCAUCUCAAAUAUCUUCACUCAGGACCAAAUAUCAGAAGCCAUCUCAGCCAUCGACGACUAUGAGCGAAUGACCUGUCUCAGGUUUAGACCAUCAACAGACGAUGACGUCAACAAGAAGAGGCUGUUGUUUUCCAGCGGUGAUGGCUGCCGGUCUAAUGUCGGCAUGCAAGGAGGGGACCAAUCUAUUGAACUUGCCCCGGGAUGUAGGAGGAAAGGAAUAAUCAUGCACGAAAUUGGCCACGCGGUUGGGAUGCAUCACGAACAUACGCGACCAGACAGGGAUAGUUACGUUGAUGUCAAAAUGAACAACAUCAUUGCAAGCAAGCGGCCAAACUUCAUGAAGAAGUCAGGUCUGUUCAUCGAUGACCAUGGCAUUCCCUAUGAUUACCUCAGCAUGAUGCAUUACGGUGAGAGGCAUUUCUCUUUCAAUGGAAAAUCAACGAUUGUGACUAAGGACCAAGCUUUUCAGAGAGUGAUUGGUCAAAGAGAAGGUUUCAGCUUCAGAGAUGUAAAGACAAUCAAUCUUAUGUACGGAUGCGGAAGUGAAUGUCCCAAGAAGACCUGCCCAGGUGAGGGAUUCGUCGGCAAGGAUUGCAAGUGUUGGUGCCCCUCUGACCUUGAACUUGAUGUCGUGGAGGAGUGCGGCCCUGACGUUCCGUCCGUUCCAUCAACGACGACCACAACAGCUGCAGCACCUUCAACAACAGCACCUGGUAGUUGCGCAGACGAACCGCGUUACAAUACCCAGUGCCAGGGGUUCGUAAAUAGAGGCCUUUGUACCGGACGAUAUGAAAGGUUUAUGCACGGCAACUGCAGAGCUUCUUGUGGACUCUGCGGAACGACAACACCAACAACACCAACAACUACUCCAACGACAACACAAACAACUACUCCAACUACAACACCAACAACUACUCCAACGACAACACCAACAACUACUCCAACGACAACACCAACAACUACUCCAACUACAACACCAACAACCACUCCAACGACAACACCAACAACUGUGGAAUCGUUUGACCUUGACGGCUACACUCAUCGACGGGGCGAUUGUCCAGGAAACUUUAUCAGACGCUUGCCAUCCACCCUCUCUCAAUGUGAAGACAAAUGCAAUGCGGACAGUACUUGCAAUUCGUUCUUCUACAACAGUCGCACCGAAGGAACUUAUUGCUAUUUGCUGACGAGACAAUGUCUCGGACAACUUGGCAAUACCAACCUGACGAACUAUCACGUCUACAUUAAAAAAGGCAACUGUACGGAUAAUAACACAAGCUGUGACUACUGGACAAGAGUUGGAGAAUGCCGAAAGAAUCCUCGCUACAUGCUGUUAUUUCAUGUUGGGAUACAAAUCCAACAAACUGUCCCUCGUGGCUGA